AUGAACCUGCUAAUCAUAAUAUUACUAUCAUUAAUAUACAUUAGAGAAAGUUGCAAAAUUGAUGACUAAAUUAAAAAAUCAAUAAUUAGAGGAAACUAUUAAAAUUUGCUGCACCUGAAUAAUGGAGCUGUAAUAAGUUCAAGAUAAACAAACUAUUAUCCAGAAGGAGGUUAAACUUCGUUAUGUUUGAGAGAUUCUAUCUAUAACACUGAUUGGAGAAAAGGAUAUUAUGCAUGCAAUUAAUAUAAGUCCAUUAUUAUUGAUCUUUUUCAACCUUACGAAUUAAACACUAUGAGAAUUAGAAUUUGGGAUCUAGAAUUAGCAAGAUACUACAAUAUGGAGGUUUAUAUCAUUUAUGACGGUAUAAAAACACUAAUAUAUAAAUCAUUAACACAAAGUGUGAUUACUAUAAAAUUUAUAGAUUAAUAUGUGCAUUAAAUAGAAUUAUAUAAUAGAGAUGGAAAUACUUCUCAUAAGUAACUUGAAAUAAUAAAAAUUGAAGCCUAUUAUUAAUUAUGA